AUGACCUCACAUGAGCAGAGAGAUGCCACGUCUGAGCAGAAGAAGGGCAAUGUUCGCACUCUGGUCUUAAUGAUAACUUCUGCUGCAGUUGGGGGAACAUUACAAUAUGGAUACAACCUCGCUAUCAUGAAUGCACCCACUGUUUACAUUCAGAACUUUGUUAAUGAGACAGUUCAGAAGCGCUGGGGGAUACAGUUAGAGGUGUAUCAGAUUACACUGAUCUGGACACUUAUAGUGUCAAUCUUUUCACUGGGUGGCCUCGCAGGAGCUCUGUUGGCUGGGCCUAUGUCCAUCCACUUUGGGAGGAAGAAAACUAUGCUCCUGAACAAUAUCUUUCUAAUGUCCAGUGCACUGCUGGCUGUGACAAGCCGGAAAGCUCAGUCUUUUGAGAUGAUCAUCAUCUCCAGAUAUUUGGUUGGCAUCAAUGUGGGGAUCAGUAUGAAUGUGCAGCCGAUGUAUUUUGGAGAAAGUGCCCCGAAACGUUUACGUGGUGCUGUGGCCCUGUCCUCUUCUGUCUUCACCUCUUUUGGGUUGGUGCUCGGACAAGUGAUUGGUUUGAGGGAGGUGUUGGGUUGUGAACCAUGUUGGCAGUACUUGUUAGCCAGUAAUGCUGUGCCAGGUUUCAUUCAGCUCCUCACACUACCCUGGUUCCCAGAGAGCCCUCGAUACCUUCUCAUUGAUCGUGGUGACCAGGACGCCUGCUUAAAGGCACUGCAGCGGCUGCGAGGCUGUGAGGUGCAGAAAGAGGAGUUGGAUGAGAUGCUGCAAGAGAAGGCUGAAUUUGAGGGCAGGCGAGCUCAGCGGCCCUGGGAGCUCUUUGGUGACCAUAGUGUUCGCUGGCAACUCAUCUCAGUUGCCAUCAUAAGCAGCGCCAUGCAACUGUGCGGUAAUGACUCAAUUUACUUUUAUGCUUCUUACAUAUUUCAAGAGGCGGGAAUACCAGUUGAACACAUCCAAUAUGCGACCAUUGGCACUGGCACAUGUGAAUUCACUGCUUGUAUUGUGUGUAACCUGUUAAUAGAACGACAGGGCAGAAGGCUGCUUUUAAUGGGAGGUUUUGUGCUCAUGACUGGCUGGACUAUAGUGUUCACUGUGGCUCUUUCAUAUCAGCAUGUAGCACACUGGAUGCCUUACCUGAGCAUGGGCUGUGUGUUCACCUAUAUCCUCAGUUUUGGGAUCGGGCCAGCGGGAGUGACUGGAAUUCUCCCUACUGAGAUUUUUAAUCAGGCAGCUCGCCCUGCUGCCUACAUGAUUGCUGGUUCUCUAAUGUGGCUUAAUCUCUUCCUUAUUGGAAUGAUAUUCCCAUUUGUUGUGAGUGGACUAGGUCAGUUCUGCUUUGUGCCAUUUGGUGUUGUCUGUAUUCUCACUGCUCUCUAUAUUGGACUGGUUUUGCCUGAGACCAAAGGAAAAACACUAUCCAUGAUCACAAGCGAGUUCCACAGGCUUAACUUCCACAAGAAAGAGAAAUCGGAUCCAAAGUGCAAAGCUGGUCAUUACCAACCAGGCGAAAUCUGCCACUCAACUGCCCUCUAA